AUGACACAUCUCUCUCAUUCGUCUUCCAUGGAGAUUACUCCAUAUAUCCAAACCUUAUCCCGAAUACGUUGGUCGGAUGCCCUCCCCGACAAAAUCGGCCAACCCCUCUACUUCUACAAAAAAGGCUGCUGGUCCCCCCGCCUCCUAACGGAAUCCGACCCAGACUACGACUUCGAGAACCCCCUCUUAAACCUGAACUUCGAAUUCCGCCACAAGUUACUAGACGAUGUUGAAUUCGAAGUACCGCUCUUCCACGUUAACCGUGAAGUCCGCGGUUUCGCCUUAGCAUGGGUUCACAAAAAGGGUCUUACAAUACGUUUUGAUAAGAAGAGAGUGUGUGCUGUGUUUGUUCGCGCGUUUGAUCCUAUGAUUGAUACGCCAUAUGUUCCACUUGGGAAAUGGGAUGAAUUCCUCCGCGAGCCGUUCGAUCGACAUUUCGAGCUGGAUCUUAUAGAAAAGAAUAUAAAUUGUCCCGGUCCGGCGUUUACGCGGGUUGCUGUGUCUGAGGCUGUGUUGAGGGGUGAGGAUAACUCUCUAGCUGAGAUUUCUGAUUGGUAUGCUCGUGUUCGGAAGGUAUUUAUUAUUGUCGAUGCGCAGCCGAAUUUGGAUAUGCAGUCUGAAGAUUACGGUGAAGAUGACGACAUGAGGUUGCAGCGAAGGUGGGAUAUUGAGAGUAGUGCACUGGGAGUGAAGCUCUUCUGGAAUAAUGACCAUGGGGAGUUCAAGUGGGCGAAUAGGGAGGAUUUGGGCGACAAAGGUUUAUGCAAGCUCAUUGAAGAAGCUAGCAAUGGGGUGGGUGAGAAGCUUGUAGGGUACGGGAGGCGCAGGUUUGAGGUGCGGCCUGUGUUUACUGUUAGGAAAUGA